AUCUUGUCCUUUUUCUCCUUGUACGAUUACAACAGUAUUCUUCAUCAAAUCGUUUUGCUUCAGGGUGAGAUGGAAACCGUUUUGGAAAAAGAUAGACAACCCAUUAGACUCCACUCCAACCUAAAGAAAAUAGUCGACUUGGGUUUGAGUGAUGAAAAGGUUAAGCUGAUGAAAGAGUCCGUUUUUGGUAAUCUUUCAUCGGUAGUUAACAAAAGGGAGUCUUCGGCAACUCUCGUUGAAGUUUUAUCAAAGUAUUACAAUAGUUCAAACAAGAUGUUUGAGCUGCCCAAUGGGAUCUAUUUCAGUUUUUGUUCAAAAGAAGUAGCCGACAUCAUUGGUAUGGAAGACAAGGGUGUCGGCAUUCAUGAAUAUGUGCAAUGCCCAAAAGCAUCGAGCAAACCCACCACACUUGCAGAUUUGAAGAAAAAAUUGAAAGAUAUGUCUAUAGAUGAUGAUGCCAGCAAGAAGUACUUUAAAGGGUUGAUGUCCUACUUUCUCGUAGAGCAAGUGCUCUUAUGUGCGAGGGAUGCCACGAAGUUGCGCCAAGUUUAUUGGCCUGUGGUCGAAAAUGUUGACUGGCGUGAAAAUUGCAACUGGGCAAAAGCAACAUGGAACCAACUGCAUACUUCUCUUGCUGAUGUGAAAAAAUGGUGUGCAACUCGGGAAAAGCAACACCAUUACAUCGGUGCUGCUUCCGUCUUGGAGACCAUUAUAUAUGAACGUAUAGAGAAGCUGCGACCAGGAGUUCACCAAAUUGACAUACCCCUAAUCCAGAAGUAUACUUCACAAAGGUUAUCUGUAAGUGAGUGGGAAUCAAAAUUUGAUCAGCUGACUUCUGCUAAUAUUGUAAUUUGCCCGCACUGUACGUCGGUUGAAGGAACUUCAGCCCCUUUAUCGGUUCAAAGAACUCCAGCCCCUUUCUCUGUGGAGAAUGACAGCCCUUCAUUCUCUGAGGACAAUGCAUCUUUUAUGAAGGAAGUUGAACAUUUAUCUUUAUCCUCGAUCGGCGAUCUCGAUCUUGAUCUGGAGAUGCAUCCCCAAAAUGAAGCGCGGGUCGACGACGAGUUGGAGAAAUCUGAAUCUGAAAAGCAAAAAUUGCAAGAAUCUGCUGAAAACCUCAUUGAGGAAUGCAACACUCCCCAGAAAUCGUACGAAGAUAUGACAAAAGGAAACGCUGAAUUGUAUGAUCAAUAUUCGUGUUUAGUGAUCGAACUAACAUCCGGGACUGAAAGAAACCAGAAAGAAGUAGAACGUCGCAAACAUGAAAUUUCUCGGCCUGAUGAACAAAAGUCAACGCUGACUUUUGAAAAAUUAAACUUAGAAUCUCCUCUCAAAGAAAGCGAUAUUCACACUGUUCGUGAAGAAUAUGAACGUAAGAUUCAAGAACUAACAACCGAGCUUGCUGUCGUUAAAAAAAACCACAAGAGGCUGAUCGCAGAAGACGAGAAAAAGUCAAAGUUGUUGACUAGUUCAGAACACGAACAUCAACAACUCAAUGAAGAAGCUGCAAAUUUAAAAGACAAAGUAUUCGAUUAUAAGCAAAUGGUCGAAAAAUUAAAGAACGAAAAAAGUAAUUUAGAAGCUUCUCUUCAUUCGGUUUCCAACAGUUUCGAAAAGCUUAAAGCUGAGAAGAUGUCGUUUAACAACAAGAUGUUGGAAUUUGAGGAUUGUAAAAGGGAAAGAGAUGCAUUAGAAGAAAAGCUUUCGAGACUGGAGGGCGAUCUAACGGCUAAAAAUGCAUCACGUUUGCAGGAUGCUGAUAUGAAAAAUGAAAUAAGCAGGAUGAAGAGUGCGAAUUUGCAAUAUCGGCUGAAAAUUCAACAACUUGAAGGCGAAAAGAAAGAAUUGCUGAAAAAAGUUGACGAUCUAACGGGUGUUCAUGAGACUCGUACUCAAGAAGAUACUGACCAUGCUGCAAAGAUGAAGAUGCUUGAAGCUGAGCUUGAUGAGGCUCUCAAUGCAAAUCACAAGUACAGAGUUGAACUUCAGAAGCAAAAGUCUAAGGCUGAAGGUGAAGUGGUGACAAAAGAGCUGUUUGAAAAGACGAAAUCAUCUUUGGAGACGGAGUUAAAAGACCUUCGUGAGCGUGACCUUGAAAUGAGCCCCAAGUAUGCUCAAGUAGAGGCCGAAAGAGGAGAUCUUGUGAUGCGGUUAAAAACACUCCAAUCACGUGUUUCCGGCGUCAUCUUCAAAUUACAAACACCUCUGAUUAGGCCGUGACACACCCGUCUUACCACUUCAGUAUCAAUUAAGAAAAAAAAUAGGGAUGGAUACUUCAAUAUGAAAACAAUAAUAUAUCAUUACCUGAAACAAGUUGCCAAGUGAUUUGUAUAUAUAAUCUAGGAAAUCUGGUAUGAUUUCUAGGAAAUCUCAUGUAACAGACCAAAACCGGAAAGUUAACCGGGCGGUUAGUUUGGAAGUUAAAGGCUUGAAGUGGAAAACUUUGGGCUAAUUAUGUAAAAGUGUGAAAAA